ACCCGCCGUGGACACGGCUGGCAAGGAGGCUAAGAAUGGGGAGGACAGGCCGGCGUCCGUCAUGAGCUCGCUGAGCUAUCGCAAGCGCGCCAACCUCAAGGACUCCAUAGGAGGGAAAGGGGACGAGGAGAGCCUCUUCUCCGCCCUGAGUGAGCGCCCGGACUCACCGGACCGCUCCUUCCGCAAGGCCACCCGUGCCUCAACGGCUGGCGGCUCGGACGAGAGUAGCUCCCUCGCCUCCUGGAAGAAGCCGCUUGGCGGAGGCCUGGACGAGCUCAGCGAGAGGGGCUCGGUCCUCUCCGAGACCAGCAGCCGCCUCCCCAAAGGGCUGGAGAAGCGCUGGUCCACCUCGGCUGCCGAAUUCGAUCGGACCUCGGUCCUCUCGGCCACGGUCAGUCAGAGUGGAGCCUCCUGGGCCGGCCUGGAAGAUGACACCCGCUCGUCACUCAGCUUGGCCCUCUCAAGCCCCGGGAGCUCCCGGCGUAGCGCUUCUCGUUUGGACGACCUCGUCCCGUCCUACGGCCGUCCGGGCUCCCGGAUCUCUUUGAGCCGUUCCCAGCUGGAUGAUACCGCCAGCCUGGCCCCGAGCGACUCCCGCUCCCUCUGCAGCCAACACUCGGCCGCGCGCAGCCUCUCGGUGCCUCCUCGGCCCCGGACGUCCGCCGCAGAUGAUCUGCGCCUCAACGAAACGGACAUCCGGCCCGUCGGCCAUCGGAGCUACCUCGACCCGGAUCUGGAGGCCGCGAUCAGCGAGGUGCUAAACUACAAGCCUGUCAAAUUCAGACGCUCCAGCCAGGACCCCGACUCAGAUGAAGACGACCGCAGGAGUGUCCACAGUGCCAGGAGCACCACCCUGCUGGAGACCACCGAACACCCGGCCAGCAGCCUCCGCCGGUCAGCCUCGGCUUUGGACUUCUACAGACCUGAUCAGAAAACGAAAGGUAGGAGAAGCCGGAAGCGGAGUUCGUCCAGCGACUCCGACUCCUCUUCUUCCUCCUCUUCCUCCUCCUCUCCCGAACGGCAGCGAAAGACCUCCAAAAAGCGUGCCAAGAAGUCCAAGAAGAAGUCCAAGAAGAAGAAGCAGCAGAGAUCCCGCUCUGGCUCACCUUCGGAGUCUUCGUCCAGUUCCACCGUCUCGUACCGCAGCGACUCCAGCAUCAAGAAGGGCCCGAAACGUUCCGAUGGGGAGAACGGCGGGGUCCCCAGAGAGGGUGGGGGUCCCGAGCCUGGGAAGUCCACCAAGCAGCUGAAGAAGGAAGAGAAGAAACGCAAGAAGCAAGUGGACAGCCUGAUGAUGAAGUACUUGUAUCGGCCGGAGAGCGACUAAAGGCAGGUGGUAGCAUGGAGUGUGCCGAGGUUGAGCAUGGUGUUCCAGACUAAUAUGGGCAGUGGACGGGGUGGGGAGGAAGCUUUGGCUUGCUGUUCCAGGUGUUCCAGUGGUUUUCGGCAUGGGGGGGGGUUGGCUCUGGACACUUGGGACCUCUUGUGGUUUGGGGACUGACCUCCAGCAUGGAAUGUGUGUCUCCGGGAACUAACCCUGUCUUCGUGGGUUCUCACUUUGACCUCCCCGUACACCUCUGUCCGUCUUCGUGUCUGUGAUGAGCCAAAGGGGCGUGGUACAAAGGCAACCCAGUC